UUUAUAUCAUUCGCGGAGGCGCGUUUGGCGAAAGCAGCUGCGCUGAUGGCUACGGUGAAGGAGAAGGCGGCAGCUUUGAAUCUCUGCGCGGUGUAUAGCCCCGCCAAUAGACCCCCAGGCUUCAGCUUGGCCCAGAGGCCAUUUGGAGCCACUUAUGUAUGGAGCAGCAUUAUCCACGCACUUCAGACCCAAGUUGAAGUGAAAAAACGACGUCAGAAUCUGAAAUGUUACAAUGACUGUUUUAUUGGCUCCAAUGCAGUGGAUGUUGUCUACGCCCAUCUUCUCCAAAACAAAUAUUUUGGUGACACAGAUAUUAAUCGGAGUAAAGUUGUGCGCGUGUGCCAGGCUUUGAUGGACUACAAGGUGUUUGAGGCUAUUCCCACCAAGGUCUUUGGAAAAGACAAGCGAUCUGUGUUCGAGGAUAGCAGCUGCAGCCUCUACAGAUUCUCCAAUGCAAGGAAUCAAGCGGAGAGCCUCUGCGGGAGACAACAUGGCCAUUUUGUACAGCAAAGACAGGAAAAAAGAUUAUUACUUGAUACAUCAUCAGUGAGAUCAGAAAGUUUGGAGGAUCUCUUAGAAAACCUGAGUCUAAAACCUGUUAAUUCUCCUCAAGUACAUCCAUCCUCACAUUUGUCUCGUCAAGUGAUUAAUGAAGUUUGGGGAGAGCAAACUAUUGCCCGUCUCCUGCAGCUAAUAGAUCUUCCAUUGCUUGAUUCUUUACUUAAAUACCACAAGAUUGGAUCCCAAUUUCCACAAACAAAGCAGGAACCUGAACAUAGCAUCACAAACAACUAUCUUGACCGAGAAAUUCUGAAAGCUUUUGGUGAUGCGCAGGCAGAUGAAUGGCUGUCUGCAGCAAUUGAUUGUUUGGAGUAUCUCCCAGAUGCGAUGGUGGUUGAAGUAAGCCGCAGUUUACCUAAUCGGCCUGAUCAAGUGCAGGUGGGGAAACUGUUGUUGUUUGAUACUAUUGGGAGGUACUACAGCCAAAAAAAGGAACCAUUGCUAAGCCAUGUGCCUGAAAUCCACCUGGGAAUUGCUGAGUUGCUAGUUAAUGGAAAAACUGAUCAGGCUUUGGAAGCCAUUCAGCUCUAUUUAAAAUUAUUGGAUAGCCAUGCAAGAGAGGAAUUCAGGAAACUGCUUUACUUCAUGGCCGUGAUAGCUCAGAAUUCUGAACUUAAGCUACAAAGUGAGAGUGAAAACAGGAUGAUUGUGAAAAGAAUGUUCUCCAAAGCCAUAAUCAAUAAUAAAACAUUAUCUAAAGGAAAAACAGAUCUUUUGAUUUUAUUUCUAGUGGACUAUCAGAAAGAUGUUUUAAAGAUUUCAGGGACGCUACAUAAAAUGGUCAGUGAUAAGCUUCUGGCUAUACAGAGGGGCACAGAUUCCAGUCUGAAUAUUGGAUAUACUUUUUGCCAGAGGCUUGAUGAAUGUGAGUAUCAUUUCAUUGCCAAAAAAACUACAGAAGAGGAAUUGGUGUCUUUACUAAAAACUAUUGAUGAAGAUUCCAGUCUCUCUGCCAAGGAACGGAAGAAGCUGCUAGAUCAAUUCUAUACUAGUAAUCCAACUAUCUUUUUGCAGUAUUUUGGUGAGAGAGAUGUUCCUGUGUGUAACGGUAGACUUGACUUCUAAAAAUCUGUACUGUGUAUCUCUAUAAAAUGGUUUUAUAUUGUACUUAAAAGUGUUGGUAAAUAGGGGUGGAAUCCACCUGCAAAACUGCUAUUUAAAAACAAUAAAGUGUAUUGAUUCAUAUGCUAAAUAGUGAGAAAAUAGUAUUUCUCCUAAAUGAGUAGGAAAUACAUCAUCAAAAGCUGAAAGCAAAUAUCUUUUGGCCUCCUUUGUGAACAUAAGCCCUUUGAGUAGAAUGCAGUUCAGAGAAAAGAAAUAUAAUUGAAUUGCUGAUGGUUUUAGUUCUAGUGCAUGUUCUUGUUACAGUCACAUGACACCCAGCCAUGUAUUUUGCUUCUGGCAGUGUAUCCAAUUUAUUGUCAUUUGAUAUGUUCCAGUAGCAUGCUGAAGUACAAUUGGCGCCCAUGGCAGAAAUGGUCAGGUGAGUGGUUGACCGGUGACACACAACACACCAGCUCAAAAUAAGCAGUCAUUCCUUGUAUUAGAAAGCCAAAUGACUGAAAGAAAAGCCAUUUAUAACACAUUAAAACAACUGCUGAACCUUUAUAAUUUUCUUUGUUUAUAACCCUGAAACUGCAGAUGAAAGUCUGGAAUGAAUACCAUAAAUAAUUUUUAAAAUAUGAUCAUAAUCUAUGCAAUACAUAGACAAAUCUAUACCAGAAAUCUGUUUCACUGUGGCAAACAAAGCCUUUAGGUUCCUUCUCUAAUUAAAGAGUAGUUGUAAAUCACCCUUGGUGCUAGGGAAGUAGUCCUGCCCUUACAUGGAGAAAACAACUGUAUCAGUGUGGGAAGAUUAAUGUUGAAUAAAAGGAAGUUAAGCCAAGUACAAGUAAAAGUUUCCAAUAUAUGCUGUGAAAGUUGCCUCAUUCCAGGAAACGUCUAUGCUCAAAUGUCUUUAUAUUCUAAAUAAGCCAUGGUGGCACAGUGGUUACAAUGCAGGCUAAAUCUCUGAUUCUGAUUGCCAGCAGUUUGGCAAUUCAAGGUUGUCUCAGCCUUCCAUCCUUCUGAAGCUGGUAAAACGAGGAGGCAGAUUGUUUCGGGCAAUAUGCUGACUCUGUAAACCACUUAGGGCUGUAAAGCACUGUGAAGCGAUAUAUAAGUCUAAGUGCUAUUGUUAUUAUCUCAUAACAUAAUGCCUCUAAAUUAAAAAUACUUAUUCAGUAGCAAUUGACAUCAAAAUAC